AGAGUACUAGGCGUACAUCUCCUGGUCAUCUGCCUAUGAAGUCGAAGUCCGUUGCUAGUUAUCGAUGUUUAUUUAUUCAUUUAAGAUUAAGACACGUAAUAAAGUGCUAUUAUACUCUAUUUCGUUAAUACAUUAUUUCGGGUACUCACCUGUGACGUCUAAUGUAUAUGCGGAACUUGAUCCUGGCGCACAUAUAGAAUGCAUUCCGUUACCUUUUCUAAACCGGGUGUGACAUAUAUUGCACUUCACUUUCCGUAUUUAUCUUUUUUAACAAACUAAGGACAGUCUCAAUGUAUAAAACUUUGCACAGUUACCAACAGCAAAAAUUUGGUAAUGAAACCGAGGGAGCAUCGUGGGGACGAAACUCUCUCUUAUUCCAUUAAACACUUUUCUCUUUCAUAGUAAUUCUCCAUAGUAAUUCUGCCAUGUCAGCAAAAUUUAAUGACUUAUGAAACCCCAUUGCAAGUGAUGGCUGGAAGGCACGGUGGGAGGUGAGCAAGUGACGCACCGACACAAAAGCUGUUGGAUGGGCAUCGGCAUCUGGACUCGUAGCGGAGGAGGAAGAACGCCGAAUAAGAGAUGGGCCUUGCCGGGGCAGGGGACCGUGGAUAUCGUCAGGUUAAGAGGCAGGCGAUUGGGUCCUUGUGUAGAUGUGUCCGUUUAAAAUGAAUAAUAUGUUCAAAGCUUUAUUAACUUUUUUGACGGUGAAAGCAUCGUUAUCUGUCCAGAGAGAGGACUAGUGGCAGUGGGUAGUGGAGUAGGCCUAGAAUCUAACCAUCGAGCACCCAGAUAGAUUAAGAUUUAACCACGGAGUGGGUGGGUGCUUGGGAUCGCAACACAACAGUUACAUUAUCGGUCACGAUAAGGUUCAUUUUAUACAUGCACACCACGGCACUAGGUUAGCAGAGCACGCCACGAGCGAAGAAGCCGUCAGCUGCGCCUAGGCGAGGCGGCGAUCCGGCCAUGGCGACCGGCGGCGGCGUACCGAACGUCCACAGCAACACCGACAGCAGCAACAAGACGCUGCUCAAGAGCCAAGCCCUGUACAAGUACGUCCUGGACACGACGGUGCUGCCGAACGAGCCGGAGUGCCUGCGCGAGCUGCGCCUCCUCACCGACAAGCACGAGCGGAGGAACAUGGCGACGCCCCCGGACGAGGCGCAGCUGCUGGGGAUGCUGAUCAGGCUGAUGGGCGCCAGGAACACCAUCGAGGUGGGCGUGUUCACCGGUUGCUCGCUCCUCGCCACCGCCCUCGCGCUCCCCGACGACGGCAAGGUCGUCGCCAUCGACGUGAACCGCGAGUACUACGAGCUCGGCCGGCCCUUCCUCGAGAAGGCCGGCGUCGCGCACAAGGUGGACUUCCGCGAGGGCCCCGCGCUGGACCACCUCGACGCGCUCCUCGCCGACGCGCGCAACGUGGGCGCGUUCGACUUCGCGUUCGUGGACGCGGACAAGCCCAGCUACGCGCUGUACCACGAGCGGCUGCUCCGCCUGGUGCGCGUCGGCGGCGCCGUUGUGUACGACAACACGCUGUGGGACGGCACGGUGGCGCUGCCGCACGACGCGCCCCUGUCGGACCACGAUCGGCGGAUCUCGGCCGCCAUGCGGGACCUAAACGCCAGGCUCUCCGCCGACGAGCGCGUCGAGGUGUGCCAGCUCACCGUCGCCGACGGCGUCACCAUCUGCCGCCGCGUCGUGUGACGGCCGGCCGGCUCCGGCGGCGACCGCGCGCGGGCGGCAGGUUCAGUAAGAUUUCGGUCGGUCUUGCUAAUCGCGGGCGUCAGAUGUUGGCCCUCGUAGCUGUGGUGCCUGAACUCUGAACUCGAAUAACAACAUCCCCUUGAUCAUUUGCAAUAGCAUGUUGUUCAGUUGCACACUA